GGUGGAUGGAUGAUGGCCUAGUGAACGAUAUUACUCCGAAACUGAUAGGCGACAGACCUAAUACUUACAUAUAUACAAAAGCCUUAGCUGAAUAUGUAGUACAACAAGAAGGUGCAAAAUUAAACACAGCCAUUGUAAGGCCAUCUAUUGUUGGUGCUAGCUGGAAGGAGCCUUUUCCUGGGUGGAUUGAUAACUUCAAUGGACCUAGUGGUGUCUUCAUUGCUGCAGGAAAAGGAAUUCUUCGAACAAUGAGAGCUUCCAACAAUGCAGUAGCAGAUCUUGUGCCAGUAGAUGUUGUUGUGAACGCGACACUGGCUGCAGCCUGGUAUUCUGGAGUUAAUAGGUGACAACAGACAGUAC